AUGGGUUUGCUUUUCUUCUUGGUUUUAGGCUGGUCCUGUAAAAGAAAAGGAACAAGGAGCCACGAUAGCGGAAACGACAAAGCAUUAGCAGCUGCUGAUGGGUUCAAUCAUGGUGAAGUGAUAUAUCUUACUUUGCCCUUGUCAGAAGGUGAUGGGGUGAUUUCAAAUAUGAAUUCUUGCAGCAGUGUGGCAGGAAUGUUACCAGCAGAGAGCUUUGUAGGGAAGGAUAUAGAGUUGAAGAGGAUGGAGAUAGAAAAUGUUGAUGUUGCCAAAGCAAAGGAACAAGAAGCCACAUUGGUGGAAGCGGUGAAAGCAUUAACAGCUGAUGGUGCGGUCAACUCUGCAGGAGUAACGAUUUCUUGCGGCAGUACUGCAGAUAUGAUGCAGGUGGAGAGCUCUGCAACAAAGGAAACAGAGCGGAAGAGGAUAGAGAAAGAAAGUGUAAUUAGAAGAUUGAGUGGAUACCAGGGUUUUGCAACAGCACCCGCAGAGACUUUCAUGAUGAAUGAGAUGAAGACUGACAUGGUUGAGAUAUCUCUUCUUUUGGUUGAUAGGGCAAAUGAAGAAAUGCAGGCAGAUGCAAAAAACGGCACGGACAGAGAACCAGUCAAGAUUGCAGACAAUAUUGUGUUUUGUCAGCUUCUUGUCAUAUGGCACGACAAUGCAGAAGCAGAAAAGGCAGAAGCUAUGAUUCCUUUGUGGGAGUUUCGAUCACAUUGGGAAGGGAUGUAG